AUGAGGGCCUCCGUCUCUUUUGCUUGCCUUCUGGCAACUUCGGUCUCUGCCACAAUCAACCCUGGCACUCUGGUCACCAUCUCUUCAGCAGUCGACGUCAACAGCCAGUCGGCGUGGUGGAAUCCCCUCGACGAGUUCAACGGCUACCAGUGGCUGACAUAUCUGCGAAAUCCUCUGGAGGGAUCGAAAACCAACCACAAUGUCAUGGUUGUUCGUCGUGCCCAGGCAAACGGUGCUAUUUCGCGAGACUGUCUGAAGACCUCGAGCGGAGAGUGCGCCGAGUUCCUCGAUGACAAUGGCCACAACACUCCUAGCAUUGCUGUUGAUGGAGACGGCUAUGUCCACGUCUUCACUAGCAUGCACAACGAGCCAUGGAACUACUUUCGCUCUUCCUCAGCCAACAGUGCAACCCUCAUGGAUCGCAGCUCAGAGAUGCCUGACCACACCCUUCGAGUCACGUAUCCCGUGGUGAAGCGUGAUGCUGAUGGUAACCUCUGGAUGAUUGUCAGAGGACAGUCGAGCAAUGACGGCUCAGCUCGAGGCGGCUAUUUCUACAAGUAUACGACUUCUUCCAAGAAAUGGGCGCGGAUCAGCAUCUUUGCCUACAGAACAGGCUACUCGGUGUAUCCUGAUGAUAUCCAGUUUUCUUCCGAUGGCGAUGUUCAUCUCCAGUGGGAAUGGGCCAAGUUCCCCGCCUCUGGGGUCCGCCAUGAGGGAAGCUAUGUGCGUUAUACGCCUUCGUCAGACAAGUAUCGAUCCGCCUCUGGAGCAACAGUCACCUUGCCCAUCACUCAGGAGACCAAGGACAUCGUCUUCCAGCCCCUCACAUCUGGCGAGACCUACGACGGAGACACCGGUGCCACGCCUGUCCCGGCGUUCCAAAGCGCAAAGCUUGCUCUCUAUGAGGGCGCAGCUGGCGAGGUUCACAUCAACAUUGCAUACCGUUUCGCCCCCAAGUCCUAUCAGGGAUGGCAGGUCCACCGCGCGAGAGCAACCUUUGGCACGGCGAACCCUUGGGCUCGCGAGUUGGUCUUCUCGGGGGAGAAUACAAGCGCCGCCAUCGGCAUAACGCACGACGGGACAACCGUUCGCAUCUACUAUUGUGUCUCCGGUGGUAGUACUUGGAUUCUUGAGAAGACUGGCAGUGCCGGGUGGACCAACAACGAGCUCAAGGCAGUGACGGGCAAGGGGGUUCAGCGCCUGCAGGCCAUGAUGAGAUCUGAUGGCACAGAUCUUUUGUAUCUUGGUGCGCCCAAGAACGUGGACGCGACGACAGGGAGCUUGUAUUUUAUGACUGUGGGGGGCCGUUGA